AUGCCACGCGGUUCUCGUCUGUCUUCGGAAGAAAAGGCCCAAAUUCGGGCCCUACACCAGGCCGGACUCAGCAAUCGGCGGAUUGCCAAGGAAAUUGGCAGGUCUCACUGCGUCGUCUGCUCCUACCUCAGAAAUCCUGAGACUUACGGCAGUGGCGGAGCUAACAAACACCAACGAAAACUGUCCGCCAGGGAAGAACGGCAAAUAUGGAAGAAAGCAUCCAACAGCACGUUGAGCUUGAAACGGCCGAAAAUCGUGCCCAAUCACUUUAACACACAUCAGAAACUGCGCCGAGAACAUCAUCAUUUUCGUCCGAAUCCGACAAAUCUUCUAUCGAGUAAUCCUGGCGACUUUGGCCAUUACCAGUAUCGGAAUAAUCGGUGGCACCUGCCAAUACAUGGUGCGUACAAUGGACAGAAACAUGGCCGGUACGCCAUAGAUUCAAGCAACGAAUUGUCGACGGUGUUUGACGUCAGUUCAUCGUCUUCCGACGGCGUCGGUGCGUUGCGGCUCCUUCGUGGCGGAAUGCUGCUGACAAGCCGUUCCAAUUCCAUGACGCGAGCUCGUGACGGACCCGAUGAUGCAUGGAAAAAAGUCGUCGGUAAGAUUUUCGCUCUGAACAUGAGCAGAAAGCUUGCGAUUCUGUUCUACAUUGUUUGA